AUGGAAGAGGUCGACAUCGAGCUCGUGAACCAAGAGCUCAACUUUGAACCGCACGGGUCCAAUCUCGUCGUCAAGGGCGGCUGCGACUUAUUCUCCAUUAAGAAGGUUAAAGACGACCACCGGUUAUUUAAGACGAUCGAAGCCCAUUUGGACCAGAUUAUCGAGGAUAACGAAUUGCUGAAAUCCGUCGACCACGACCGCACCAAUCUGUUUUCGCUCUACGGGCUGAGCGCCGGGCUGGUGGCGACCGUCGGCCAGCGCCGAAAUAGCCACAUCCCCCCUGGCGGCGGCGAGCGCAGCCGCCAUAACCUGAUGCUGCACCAGCCCGCGACGGCGCACCGCGGCCUGUUUGGCGACGGCGAUGACGAGCUGCCGUUCGGCCCCCUCCGCGAGAUCCACACCCGCAAGACGUUCGCGUACCUCAUUGGCAUCCUCAACACCACCUUCCCCGACCACGACUUUUCCAACUUGCAACCGACGACGGAAAACUUUCACCGCAUCCUGACCGAGGAGUUGAUGACUAAGUUCAAUAAUGUGCUUUUGCUGUUAGGUAAGCGCCAGGACCAGCUCAGCUGGAUCUGGGACACCAUCAACGUCUACAUGGACAUAAUAGCCCUGAAUCAAGGGCUGCCGUUUUUGGCGCCGCAACUGCUGCCGGCGGGGCUGAGGAAGAACAGUUUUGCCGGCCAGGAAGGGCGCCGCGGCCUGGUGAGCAACGGCGCCGGUGUCCCCCAGGGCGCCGACCACAUCCAGGUGUACCUGUUCCAGCCGCUGGACGACCUGAUCUUGGAGGACUUGAUGUACCCGCACCGCACCAUGUGGCAGAACUACUGGUUCAUCUACAACCGCAAAAUGAAGCGGGUGCUGUUUUUGUACCUUGUGGCGCUAAAUAAGAUGCAUUACACCCAGCUGGCGCUGGCGCUGCACCAAAACUUGGCCGACGCGGGGCUGGUGCUCGAGGAAGACGCCCCGAUGACCGACGGCGACGACAUCAUUGGCGACAUGGAAAUGUAA